AAUACACUGCUAGCACUCCCAAGUCACCAACACUCUCCUUUCCUUUCCCCCAAAGAAAUGUGGUAAAAGAAAGAGACAAAGUGAUCAGAAGCCCACCCUUCCCCUUACCCUUCUCUCUCACUCAUGAAAGCCCUAGCAUUAAGACCCUUUUCCCUGUCAUCUCUCAGACAACAAGAUUCCUAAUUAAGUCCCCAGCAUCUAUUCCUUUCCAUGUUCCAUUUGCUUCUCGUCCGGGGGAAUUUCCUUGUACUUUAAAGAACCUCCACACUCACUAAACCCUUUUUUUCUUCACACUAUUAAUGCAAAAGUUCUUUCUAUGCAAAAGCUACCUAUAUAGCAGGGGAUGGGAUACAUGGUACUCGUCAUUCCCUUUUAUUUAUUUCCCUUUCCUUUCUAGUUCAUCUUUCUCACACCCGAUUCCUCUUUCCCUUUCCUCCUUUUUUAUAUAUUUUCUUUAAUACCCUUUUUUCUUUCAUUUUAUUGUGUUAACUUCCGAUAUAUGUGAAUAAUUUUGUACCUUUUCUUUGUACUAGAUCCCAACCUCUUAUAUUAACAUUAUCAUAACAUCGGUGAGAUGCACAGUUACACACAGGCUAGGGUAGGUGAAGACCCUAUAUAAGAAGCCACGUUGUGUUGGCCCUUUGAGUUCAGUUCAGACCCAAAAGCAACACCAACAAAAACUACUGCUGCCUCUGGAUUUUUUUUUCUCUUCUUGUUGGCCGUUUUUCAUAUCUAAUAACUUUCACUUCAGUAUUUUUCCACCAUCAUCAUGGCUUCUUCUAACAGACACUGGCCGAGCAUGUUCAAGUCUAAGCCCUGCAACCCUCACCACCAAUGGCAGCAUGACAUCAACUCCUCCCUCAUCUCAACUGGUUGCCACAGAAGCCCUUACACUUCAGGUACGGGUUGUGAAGAGAGAAGUCCGGAGCCAAAGCCAAGGUGGAAUCCAAAACCUGAGCAAAUUCGGAUUCUGGAAGCUAUAUUCAACUCAGGAAUGGUGAAUCCUCCUAGGGAUGAAAUAAGAAAGAUAAGGGCACAGUUACAAGAGUAUGGCCAAGUGGGUGAUGCAAACGUAUUCUAUUGGUUUCAGAACCGCAAAUCAAGGAGCAAACACAAGCUUCGCCAUCUCCAAAACACGAAAAACCAGAACCUUGAAGCUCAACAAAACCCCACAUCUCUCCCUCAAAUCACUGCACCAUCAUCCUCGUCUUCCUCAUCUGAGAAAUCCUCUCCAAAAGAAUUAAUACCUACCAAGGUAUUUUCCAUCGGAUUCUCUAACGUCACCGAUGUGGUACCUAAUUCUCCGACUACUUCUGUGAACCAGACCUAUUUUCAGACUCACAACGAGUCUUCCAUGCUUCCACCCCCACCUGCUGCUGCUGCCGCACAAACUGGGGGUUUCUUCUUCCCAGUGCAACAUCAUGGGCAGGGAGUACCACCUAGUACGGUGGCAUCUCAAGGGUUUUGCUUCUCGGAGCUGUCCAAUGUUGUUCAACUUCAGUCACCUCCUCAACACAACGUUGGUCCUUGCACCAGUCUCUUGCUCAGUGAAAUCGUAGGCCACGGUGGUGCUGCUUCAAAGAAAGAUCUGGAACAAGACAAGAGUCUGAAAAUAAUGCACCAGCCCUCACUGUUUAAUUUCUGUGUCACUCCCACAACAACAGCUCCUACUACUGCCUCAGCUGUACCUCCAAUCACUACCUCAACCACCACUGUUCUAUCCCCCGUCAUUGCUCAAGUUCAAGGCAUGGGAGAUCCAGCUGCUGCGGCGAGAUCAACGGUGUUCAUUAACGAUGUGGCAUUCGAGGUAGCGGUGGGUCCUUUCAAUGUGCGUGAAGCUUUUGGAGAUGAUGCUGUGCUCAUCCACGCCACUGGUCAACCUGUGCUAACAAACCAAUGGGGUGUCACUCUUCAUUCACUCCAGCAUGGUGCAUGUUAUUAUUUGAUAUAGGAAGAGAAAGCUAAAUGAUGAUGCAUGGGAAAGGUUUUAGAUAUGGUGUUUUUUCUGUCUGUUUCGAUCGUUCUGUCCUUUUUUUCUGUUCUUAUCUAUCUCUACGUGUGUAUUACUAUUAGGGUUAUUAAUAGGGGUUUCUAGACACUGCUUUAUGAGUUAAAGUAUGGAUGUUAUGACUUUGUUGACCUGAUCAUGUGUAACUUUUCUCCUAAUUUAGUUUAAAGCAAAUCAUGGUUAAUACCUA